CGGCCUUUACAUCCUUGAGCUUUCUCGCCUGCCACUGUAUAAAGCUUGGCUGUAGGGCCAGAUCAUUCACACUGGAUUGAAAGCCAAAACGACUUUAAGACCGUUUCCAACAACUACACAAAGAAGAUGAGCAUCACAUCGUCCUUUGGUUUGCUUUGUGUGCUGGUGUUAUUUCAAUCAGGAUUUACAGAGCGUAUCCGGUAUACAAUAACAAUUAGAACAGGUGAUAUUAUGGGUGCUGGGACCGAUGCGGCAGUUUACAUUACUCUGAGAGGAACUAGAGGCUCCAUCAAGUAUAUUCCACCGUUUUCGUUUGGUAGUUUUGAGCAGGGAUCCACGGACACGUUCUCGACUAUUGCUGAAAAUGUAGGACAACUACAAUCAUUUACGAUUGGACACGAGAACAAUGGGUGGAGACCAGCCUGGUUUCUAGAUGAUGUGCGCCUUACUCAGCACGUGACACCUAGUGUUGAGUACUAUUUCAAAUUUAACAGCUGGAUAUCCAACAGAAAUCGAAUAUUUAAAACUGUUUCAGUUUAACAAUAGGAAAAUGUAAAAACCCACCUUGGUAGACAGUUUGUGAACUAAAAUUUUGAACUUGGCGCAUUCAUUAUUUUUAAAUUUCACUUAGUUUAAGUCAUUGGAUCAAAAUGUUUUAUGUAGAGUUUUUAAGACAACAAAUAUUUUUUUUAACAUG